CGUCAUCGAUGAAGUUCUUUUCGUGUUUAGUAGCUAAAUAUAGAUAUUUGCAUGCACUUUAACGACCUUCAUUAGUUGUUGGGUGUGUAUUUGUUGAAGAUUGUAACUACAUAAUAAUUAUGUGUUUGUAGGGCGAUACAAGAGUGCGGUUAAAAACAGGCAAUUAAGAAACGGUAGUUGGUAGAGGCUUGGCCUGCUGUGCAAUUACAAAAUCCAAGAUGUCUGGCGACUCCCACAAAACUGUCAUCAAGGGAAACACGUCAAAAUAUGUCAAAUUGAAUGUUGGAGGAUCACUUCAUUAUACGACCAUUGGCACGCUAACAAAACAUGACACCAUGCUCCGAGCAAUGUUUAGUGGUCGUAUGGAAGUCCUUACUGAUUCGGAAGGAUGGAUUCUCAUUGAUCGCUGUGGAAAGCAUUUUGGCACAAUUCUAAAUUUCUUACGAGAUGGAAGUAUUGCCUUGCCUGACAACCGGCGAGAACUGCUGGAGGUGUUACAAGAAGCAAAAUAUUACCUCGUAAAUGACUUGGUAAAGAUCAUUGAGAAUGCUCUGAAGAAACGAGAAGAAUUAGAACCACUUUGUAAAGUACCUCUGAUCACUUCAAACAAAGAAGAGCAAUUGCUUGUUGCUUCAACAUCCAAGCCGGUAGUAAAACUGAUCUGCAACAGACAUAAUAAUAAAUAUUCAUACACAAGUAACUCUGAUGAUAAUCUUCUGAAAAACUUGGAACUGUUUGACAAGUUAUCUCUUAGAUUUAAUGGCAGAGUGCUUUUCAUCAAAGAUGUGAUUGGUUCCAGUGAGAUUUGUUGUUGGGUGUUUUACGGACACCAGCAGAAGAUGGCAGAAGUAUGCUGCACGUCCAUUGUGUAUGGUACAGACAAGAAGCACACAAAGGUUGAAUUUCCUGAGGCAAGAAUAUAUGAAGAGACUUUAAAUGUGUUGCUGUAUGAGCAUCGUGACAAAGGACCAGACCUGGAACUUAUGCAGGCAACAAGAGGAUUUACCGUUGGUGUAAAUGGCUACCACAGUGAUGAUGAUGUUGAUGAUCGUGAUCACAGAUUAUGGCGGAAAUGAAGUGAUAACAGACAACCAGUAUUUUGAAGAUGCUCAAUCUUGCUAACACAGAAUAUAGUGUUGAGAAAAGAUAUCAUGUGACUAAGAUACACCAUUUGUGAUAUUAUAGACACCAUUGCUGAAUCACAUUUUUAUAUAUUUGAUUCACUAAUAACUAUUUCAUUUAAGACUUGCAUACCAAAAAUUAUAUUCAAGACGUACAAGUGAAAAUAAGUAUAUACUUUGGUGGACCAGUUUGUUGUUGUUAAUUCGUGGAAAUGACAUAAUGGACCUAUUUCUACAUAGCAUUUCUAACAACAGGUCAUACUAUUUUUGUUUUGUUAAUAACUCCGUGCAAUGCAGUCAGUUGUAAAGAUGGAAUAAACAUUUUAAUUUCAAUAUUGUAUAUUAUGUCCUGGGUCUUAUGUAAUUUCACUAAAAGAAAUUACAAGCCCAUUUUGUUUUGUAAUGUAUUUGUAAGUGCGUAAACAUGCUAAAAAGCUAUUAUGUAUUUUGAUGAUGCACUUCUUGUUUACAUUAGCAUGUACAUUUAGUUCUUCCCAACAGUUCACAAGAUGUGUACUGGCAUGGAAUCAACCAUCACCAUGUUGUUUCAACUAAUUACCACUACUAUUAUGCUAUAGCAAACCUUUCUCUUGUGUUCUUAAUAAUUGUGUAUUUAAUAAUAAUAGUGUUACUGAUAUUUGUUAUGUUAUACAAAUUAUAUCUUUAAUUAAUAUUAAAUUUAAAUUUAACUACUGUUUAUUAUUCAUAGUAAAUAUACACAUACUAGGAAUAUGUUUUGUAAAUUAUCAGCCUAAUGAGUUCCAUAAAAUACAUAUGGUACAAAUGUGAUUAUUAUUUACAAACUGUAUUUUACUAACAAACAUUAAAUAUGGUUGUAUUCACCAUACAUUUUAUAAGUCUUGGCAGUAUAUACACCAUGUGUGAUAGGUUAUAUGAUAAAUAUUUUGGGUGGUUUGUUUUGUAUGUGAAUGAAUGGAUGGGAGGAGUUAGUUGCUCUCAAUUCAAUUGUAUUAUAAAUAUUACUUUUGGUGUACAUGUAUUAUAAUUUUAAGUUGUCUGUUGGAAACAUGCUUAUUUAGGUAAAUGCAACCACAUUCGUGCAUGAAAAGAGUGUGUCUGCUUUUUAUGUUUGCUUUUGAUGACAUAAUUGUAAUGUAUUUGAAACAAUGUAUGAAAUAUAUAUAUAUAUGUGUGUGUGUGUGUGUGUGAAAUGAAAAAAAACCAAUUGACAAUAUUUAGUUUAAUGAUCAGUGGCACACUAGCAGUUGUGUUCAUGAACUAACAGCUGUUCUGUUUUAAUGUUUUAAUAUACAUGCAGCAUAUAUGAUUAAAUAGUACUUUAGAAAAUUGUAUUUGCCCAUUGGAAUGUGAUGUGGGUGGGUUGGAUGUACAUUGUUACUUGUAGCAUCUUCAGUAUUUUGACAGAUUUAAAAUUGAAUAUGUUAUAAGCUAUAUUAAGCAUAUUAAGUCACAAAGAUAAAAUGUUCUUGUGUUGUAAGCAAAGAUUCAAUAAGAGCAGUAGUUCAGCGGUAAGCCUGCUUGAAAGUUGGAGCAAUGAUCACCGACAUUGGCCCCAUUACAUGUUUUCUUUCACUCCAACCAGUGCUACUUAGAUAAUACUACAUGAGUGGCCAUUAAAUACCAUUUAUCUUACAAGGAGUAGUUUAAAAAUGUAUCUACCAAGUGAAAGUGAGCUGAAUAUGGUUUUUUAAAUGGGUUGUAAGAAACAUGAUAUCUAAUGGACUCAAACAGGGCUAGCUCUGGGUGAACAAAAAAAUUUGCCUAAUUGUUUAUUAAACUUCAAAAAUUGCAGAAAUCAACAGUUAUUUUCUAAAAAAAAUAGCAGUUAUUACAUGAAAUUAUUUCGCCAAAUUAAAAUAAAAUUCGUCAGUUGCUUUCAAAAUUCACAAUUGGCAAAUUUGGCAAGUGUCGGAGCUAGCCCUGUCAAGUGUAGUGUUCAAUUUCUUACCCAGGUUUAAAGAAAUGUUUAACAUUGUCUCCCACACCACAGAGCAAUCCAUUUCAGAUUAACUACCUUACAGAGCCAUCAAUGUAUGUCAUACUUCAUUGGAUUGUAUGACUGGCAUCUAGGUCAUCAUCAUGGAGCAGCCAACUGUGUGUGUAAACAAAACUGCUAAAUUAAAGGGGUGAGAAAUGUAUAUAAAAGAUGUCUCAAUUGCUGCCAUCAAACAAGACUGGCUGGCACUCGAGGUUUAGUAGUUAAACCAUGAGCCCCAAAGCUAGCAAGUAGUUUGUUUCCAUCCUAGAAUUGGCAUGGUGUAAAACAAGUUCACAGCUUUGUGGGAGGUGUAAGCCACUACACCAUUCAUCUUUUAGGGUGGAAGUGCACCCCCAAUAAGGGGUGCAAAAUAUAAUACCCCUAUUUAGAAAAUAAUAUUUUGCAAUUUUAUCUUUCUAAUUUACCUAUCCAGUUCACAGUUAUUUAUUAGUAUUUAAAAUCUGGGUGAUUUGUUUUCGUAAUAAUGACAAAAUUGUUUGCAAGUGUCAAUAAUGUUAAUAAAUUUUAUAAUCAAAUGGCAUAUGUAACUUUGUGGAAAAAAUAAACAUGUACAAGUGA